CAAACGUUUAAAAAGAGGACCAACGUUUAGGUGGGUAAGUCAUUUGACCAUAGCACGUCUAUUCAUUCCAGACAUCGAUUCAAAAUGAGUCUCUCUGCUAAGGACAAAGCCACUGUGAAGGCCCUCUGGGCAAAGAUCUCCCCAAAGGCUGAGGACAUCGGUAAUGAGGCGUUGUCCAGAAUGCUUUUGGUCUACCCUCAGACCAAGACCUACUUCUCUCACUGGAGCGACCUGACCCCCGGCUCUGCUCCUGUGAGGAAGCAUGGAAAGAAGGUCAUCGGUGGACUCGGUUUGGCUAUUGAAAAGAUCGACGACCUUUUCGGCGGUCUGCUCACUCUUAGCGAGCUGCAUGCCUUUCAGCUGAGAGUCGAUCCUGCUAACUUCAAGAUCCUGUCCCACAACAUUCUUGUGGUGUUGUCCAUGCUCUUCCCUGAUGACUUCACACCUGAAGCCCACCUGGCCAUGGACAAGUUCCUUGCAGGAGUGGCCCUGGCUUUGUCUGACAAAUAUCGUUAACCUGUUUGAUAUUUGUUAAGCAGUUUGAAUGUUGUUUUGUCGAUUUGGUCAACAACAUGUCAAUAAAAACAAAUCUAGAGACACUCA